AUGAACAUCAACGCCUUCCCAUACGAAAUACUCGCACAGAUCCUCGAGACUGCCGCCCAGCUCAACCAGCGGGAUGGCGUCACCUUUACUUUCGGCUUGUCCCAAGCUCCUCUGCCGCUACAGAAGACAGCUCUGCAGCGCUACGUUAGAGGAACUGUUCCUCCCGAGCUGCUGAGGUGGGACGCCACUGCGUCCAUCCGCCACGUAUGCUGGGACUGGCACGAAUGGGGCCUGCAGUACGCCUUGAAAGACGUCUUCAUCCGUCGUUGGAAGGGCGCCGAGCGCUGGGCCGAGUUAUCGCAGAGACGAGAAGCCUACCGCCUGUAUGAGCUUGUGGAAAAGCCGUCGGGCACGGCUGUGUACAAGGAUCCUUAUGGAUCCCUCAAUCGUACAGUUCAACUACUUGCCGACUAUCCCGAAGUGGCGUCGAAGAUUCGUCGUAUGUGGUUCGAUGGUUUUUACACCUACGGGACAGACCUAAAAAUUUCUUCUGCGCUUCGAAACUGCACAAACCUAACGGCUGUCAGUCUGCCCUGGACAACGCUGAGGCAUCUCGCUGCCCAAGACUGGGCGCAGUUGCUUAUUGGCACCGGGGCCCCCCUGCGAUCGCUGGAACUCCUCGCGGUUGACCUGCCAGCUGCUCUAGCUGGUGAGUCGGACAAUCAGCUUGACCUUCGUCCAUUGGACUCUCCUUCAGUGGACUUCAGCCAGCUCCGCAGACUCAAGGUGUUUGGCAAUUCCACAUUUAUGCCAAUCGAUGAUCGGGAUCUUCAAGCCAUUGCUCGAACGGCUACAAGACUAGAAGAAUUCCAUUUGACCUGCCUCUCAACAAUCUCAAUUGAUGGUGUGAUGGCAGUGGUAAAGUCCUCUCAGUCGACCUUGAAAGUGCUGGAGCAUUCCCCUCGAUCUAACGACGGGUUCUUCCAUCCCCAUCCCGGGUCGCUUCCUGAUAGCGAGCAUCUUUGCACGGUCCUCACAAACUGCACCAAACUAGAGACGGUCUCGCUAUCCGUUCCAUCGAUGUGCUCUGCUUUGUUUGCCAACGAAAACGUCCGUUGGUCUGGAGAUCUGCAAGUACGGGCCGCUCGAUUGUGUGGCCACGAAGACGGUCGAUCUACCUACGAGGCCCAGUGGACCCUCAAACGACUACUUGAGCAAGCGCGCCGUCUUGUAGCCGCCCGAGCGAGCUGCCACAUACCCAAGAAUUUGUUCGUUGAGCUGUUUUUCGCAGAUUUCAUAUUCGAACCGCACGCGAAUGCGGUUCACGGCGACUUCCAGCUCGCUCAGUUGGCAUCUGGUGGAUCAUGGCCUGUCUCGCGGUCUCUAUCUCGAAAAGGUCCUUACGGAUCCACCGGUCUGUACGGCAAAGACGAGGAAGAACCAUUCGAACGUGUCGACGAGGAUGAGUUCAUGAGCGGGAUGUGUAAGAACUGGGUUUCCAUAUCGGCCUGAGGGACAUAGCUCGAGAAUCGACAGAGCAAGUCUAGGUGAGGUGCUCGACUAAGCAGCAAUUUUCUGCUGCAUUCUAUCUGGGGGAAAAGUUCUGGUUUCGUCUGUUUGAGAAGCAUGCGUUCGCUUCUAGCAUUUACGGGGUUUGCGGGUUGCAUCAGGUGCACCAGGUGCAACAAGGCGUCAAUACUCACAAUUUAAUCCUCCGGGUAGGAACGAAGGUUGCGCAAACCUCAUGGCAUUAAUGAUCCUCUACUAGUAAUGCAGCACAUGCUAUAAUAGUUCACGAGUUUGACUUUAAAGAAUUAAAGAUUGUCCUAUUGAGUUUAUGAGUCGCAAG